ACAACAAUAAAAUAAAUAAAUAAAAUGUAAUAUCUAUUACCAAAAAUAAAUAAAUAAAAAGCACCCACUGUAUGCCAGGCACUGUGUUGGCGCUAAGACCCAGCAGUGAGCAGACAGAUAAGGUCCUGCGGAAGCAACAGACGUUGAUCAGCAAAUCCCUCAAACUUAUAUUUACUGACGGUGAUAAGUGCUAACAAUGGUUGUGAAGGUGCUUUGUAGGUUCUGAAGCAUAAUGAAAAUGUAGGGUUAGGGGAGCUUCAAUAAAUGCAGUUGUCUUUGUGAUUCCUGCAGGAAGACUCACAUUGUGACUCAUUAGUGUCUCAUCCAGUAUGGAGAGGGAGUCAACCAUAGGAAGAAGGGAGACUUUCCCGUGGCUCCCUCGUCUUUCCUGCAGCCCUACCAGCCAGAAACAUGGAGGGGAAGAAGGAGGAGCUUAAAAGGGGACUUCAGGCGCUGGGCCCCAGUCAGCUAUGACUGAGGAGUUUGUAACCCUCAAGGACGUGGCCAUGGACUUCACCUUGGAGGACUGGGAGCAGCUGGGGCUGGACCAGGGGGAUCUGUUCUGGGACACAGCGUUGGACAACUACCAGAACCUCUUCCUGCUGAACCCCCUGAGACCCAACCUGAUCUCCCACCCAGGUGAUGGGGAAGAGCUGGAAGCCCUGGGGAGAGAAAGCUCGAAAGCAGCAGACCCCGAUACGGCUGAGCCCAAGAGCUCUCCUCUUAAGCAAGACUUCCUGGAAGAAGGACUAUCCCAGGAGAUAAUGGAGACCUUUGCAAAGGAUCCAGUCUGUUAUUCCAGUUUGGGAGAAGCUUGUAUUGGUGAGAGCUGGUUAGAUAAUUUGCUAGGAGAUCCUGAGAGUCUUCUGAGAUCUGACUUUGUCACCAACAAGGAAAGUCCCACAAAGUGCAGUAGCCCAGAGCUCAAGAGAGGCUUUAGUCCUAGGUCCUUCCUCUUCACAGGAGAGAAUUCCAUGGUGUAUGAUCUUCCUGAAGAGAGCCUCACACCAGCGAAACCUCAGGAAUUUCAGAAUGACUUUGGCCGCUACUCAGACCAGAGCCAACAAGAUGAUACAGUCCAGGGUGGCGAGAAACUAUAUAAAUGUAGUGAAUGUGGGGAAACCUUCAGUCAGAGUUACCACCUUAUCCAGCACUGGAUCAUUCACACUAAAGAGAAACCCACCACCAUGUGUCAGGACUAUGAGAAAGAUUACAACCAGAGUUCUUGCCUUUUUGUGCAUCAGAUAACUCACUCAGUCUACAAAUCCUAUGUGUGUAAUGUGUGUGGGAAAACUUUUAGUCAGAAUACACACCUCCUGUGGCAUCAGAAAAUUCACACUGGAGAAGAACUGUGCAGGAGUCAAGACAGUGACCAUGCGUUCAGUCACAGCGCACAGCCUGUUCAGCAUCAGAAAACUCACCCAGCUGGCAGACUCUACAAAUGUAACGAGUGCGGCAAGACUUUCAGUCGAACCUUCCAUCUUACUCGACAUCAGCAGACCCACACUCGGAAACACUAUGAAUGUGCCAAAUGCAAGGAGACCUUCAACUUGAGUAAACAUCUCAUCCAACAUCAGAAGACUCAUGUUGCAAAAACUACCUCUGAAUGUCAGGAAUGUGGGAAGGCCUUCAGGAGCAGUGCAUCACUCAUCGAACACCAGUCUGUCCACACUGGAGAGAAGCCUUACAAGUGUAAUGAAUGUGGAAAACUCUUCAGGCAUACCUCAACUCUAAAGAUCCAUCAGAGGGUUCACAGUGGGGAGAAGCCUUACAAAUGCAGUGAGUGUGGAAGAGCCUUUUGCCGGAACACUCAUCUUAGUGAACAUAAGAGAACGCAUACAGGCUACAGGCCCCACAAAUGUCCUGAGUGUGUCAAGAGUUUCAGCCGGCCCUCGCACCUGAUUCGCCAUCGGUCGACACAUAGCACAGGCAAACCCUACAGCUGUGCUGACUGCAAGGAGACCUUCAGCCAUAAUGAACACCUUAUUCAGCAUCAGAAGAUCCAUACUGUAGAAGCCCCCUAUGAAUGUCAGGAGUGUGGAGAACGCUUCAUUUGCAGCUCGACCCUGAGUUGUCACCAGAUUGUUCACACAAGAGAAAAACAAGGGUUGGUUGAGAGUGGGAAGGUCUUGAAUCAGGACUCACAACCUACAGAGCACCCAAGGAUUGGAGAGAAGCUCUACAAGUGUAACAAAUGUGAGAAAGCCUUUAGUCGAAGCAAAUAUCUAAAUCAGCAUCAGAGGAUUCACACCAGGCUGAAGCCCUUUGAGUGUAGCCAAUGUGGGAAAGCCUUUAGCCAAAAUAGACAGCUUAUUCGCCAUCAGAGAAUCCACUCUAGAGCGAAACCCUAUGAAUGUGGUGAAUGUGGGAAAACCUUCAGCCGCAGCUCCUCCCUCACUGAGCAUCAGGCCACCCACACAAGCGAGCACCCAUUUAAAUGUAAUGAGUGCGGAAAGACCUUUAACCAAAGCACACAUCUUUCAGAACAUCAGUUAGUUCACACUGGAGAGAAACCUUUCAAAUGUAACAAGUGUGACAAAGUCUUCACCCAGAUAAAUUACCUCAUUCAGCAUCAGAGAAUUCAUGCCAGAAAGAAGCCCUUUGAGUGUAACGAAUGUGGCAAAACUUUCCGCCAGAGCUCCUGCCUUUCCAAACAUCAGAGAGUUCACACAGGCAAAAAACCCUACAAAUGCAGUGACUGUGGGAAAACCUUCAGCCUGGGUGCCCAACUUAUCCGACACCAGAGAGUUCACACGGGGGAGAAGCCUUAUGUUUGUAAGGAAUGUGGGAAAGCUUUCAGCCAGAGCUCAUGCCUUUCCAUUCACCAGAGAAUUCACACUGGAGAGAAGCCCUACGUAUGUGCCGAAUGCGGGAAAGCCUUUGCCCAGAAAGCAAAUCUGACACAACAUGAGAGAAUUCACACUGGUGAGAAGCCUUAUGCCUGUGAUGUGUGUGGCAAAGCCUUUGGCCUCAGCACCCAUCUUAGUCAGCACCAGAGAAUUCACACCCAAGAAAAACCUUAUCAGUGUCAACAUUGUCAGAAGGCCUUUAGAUGCUGCUCAGGCCUCAGCCGACACCAGCGAGUUCACACUCAAAACAAGUAGCCAUAAUUCAAAACAAAUAGAAAGCAGCCAUAUUUUCCAUGGCCACUAGGUGGCAGCAGAGUCACAGACUCUAUGUUCAUCAGAGGUCAAACGUGGAAACCACCAUGUUGCAAGCUCCCCGCUCCAAAAUAAAUCUGUUAAUAAAGACUUAAAUCUGCACAUGAGUUGCAAUGAAAACACAAACACUGAGAAGCAAUAUAGUGUUAGAAUUAAAAGGUAGACUUUGGAGCCAGUCUGCCUGAGUUAAAUCCCAGCUCUGUCAUCUACUACCUAAGUGACCUUGGAAACAUGGAACCUCUCAGGGCUUCAGUCUCCUCAUCUGUAAAAUGGGAAUGAUAAUAGUUACCUACCUCAGAGAGCUGUUGUGAGGAUUAAGUAGAUUAGUAAAUGUAAAGCACUUAGAAUGAGUGCCCAGCACAUAAAUACUCACCAAGCGUGAGCUAUAACUAUAACAUCAAUAUACUCUUUUGUAUUAAAAGGAAGAAAAGAAUUGGCAACCUUCUAUCUCUCUGUUUACUGCACUUGAUGUUCUUCCUAAUGUUACGCACGGCUCUAACUUUUUGAAAUUACCUUUGGCUUAAUUUGGUUCUAAAAACCCAGCUCCUUGCUCUCUUAACUUCUGGUUUUUCCCUUCUUUUCCUCCAUCUCUGCUUUGUCCUAGUUUUUUUCUUAACUAACCCACAGAAAGCCAAAAAAAGCAUUCAAACUCCUCAUGCCUAACCUCAAAUGGCUAAAACGUUCGACUUUGAACCUCCCAAACCUUUUACUCAAAAAGGGCCCCUGUCCCACAUACACACACUACCUCUUCCCAUUUCCUCCCCAGUUUAAAGCCUUUGGUUAUGUGAGACCCAGAUUAGCAUGGGAGUUGACAAUACUGAAAACACUGCCGAACUCAGAAAGGCUGCAUUGAAUAUUACCACCAAGGAAACAACCUAUAUGGAAAUGGUGCGUGGUGAUGCAAAUUGUGUUGUAGGAAAAAGAUUGCUAGGAUGUUUACCAUUCACCAGAUGUCCGAGCCAGCCACUCA